CUGGGAGGGCACAGGCGCUUGCGCAAUAGGGUGGCCGCUCCCGGCCGCGUGCAGCGCGAAUGUCGGCGCAGGCGCUUAGGCUCUGGCAGUUGGCCAGCACACAACUACGCAUGUGUGUCAACUCUAGGGUUGGGUGCUGGGGUUGCGGCUUUCGGUUAACACCGCAGCCUUAGCAACAAGUGGACUAGAGAGGCGGGACUCCAGCCAGCAGAUGGGGGAAAGACCUGCCGGCUUGGCGCAGGGUGAAGUGGGAGUUGUAGUCUUACCGGGCCGGACUGUGCAGCCUUUUUCCGGGCACACUGGGAGUUGUGGUUUAUCGCCGCUGGACUUAUGGCUAUUGGAAUAGCCUGAGAUCUGCUGGAGACAACUUAGGAAAUUAUCAUAGUGAAAAUACUAGCAUGGAUUGUUGAUCAUCUGAUGCUAUGAUUCUUUCCCAGGCACCACACCUGUUGGUGUUCAGAUGGAGCAGCACACUACUCAUCCUAACAGAAAAGUUCCAGCCAAAGAGGAAGCUAAUGCUGUGCCUCUUUGUAGAGCAAAACCCUCCCCCAGCUAUAUUAAUCUUCAAGCAAGUUCCCCACCAGCCACUUUACUGAACAUCCAGACAACAAAGCUGCCCUCAGCCCAAGGAAUGCCUAGGACUCCUGGAAUGUAUGUAUGCAAACCUCCAGCUUCAGACCCAGCUCGCCCAACAACAGAUGGCUAUUUUGGAACAUUUACAGGCAUCCGUGACACAACUGGCUCCUGGGAGGGGAAGCAAUAAUUCUUCUCUCCCAGCCUUAUCUCCUAAUCCAUUGUUAAAUCACCGGCCCCAAUUCAGUAAAUGAAUUGUGGAACAAA